CGGGCCCGCCUCCGCGCGGUCGUCUCGGACUCGCCCCAGGCUGUGGAGCGGCGCUCCCCUGCCAGAGGUAUCCGAGCCGUGGAGACUUGUGGUUUCUCUGACUUUGUGGUCUGAGGCGGCAGCACUGAUCAUGGAGACCGGUGCCUCCCGCGAGCCCGAGACGGCCGAAGUGCUGCCCCAGCACAAGUUCGACUGCAGGUCUCUGGAGGCCUACCUACACCAGCACUUGCCCGGCUUUGGGGUCGAGCCCGAGGCCAAGCUGACCGUUGCCCAAUACAGAUCAGGACAGUCCAAUCCAACCUUUUAUCUCCAGAAGGGCUUCCAAGCAUAUGUACUCAGAAAAAAACCACCUGGUUCACUUCUUCCUAAAGCACAUAAGAUUGAUAGAGAAUUUAAAGUCCAGAAAACUUUGUUUUCAAUUGGAUUCCCCGUUCCCAAACCUUUAUUGUACUGCAGUGAUGCUUGUGUCAUUGGAACAGAAUUUUAUGUGAUGGAACAUGUACAGGGCCGAAUCUUUCGUGAUUUCACAAUUCCUGGAGUUAGCCCAGCAGAACGCUCAGCCAUAUAUGUGGCCAUGAUAGAAACCUUGGCUCAGUUACAUUCCUUGAAUAUACAGUCACUGCAGCUGGAAGGAUAUGGUAGAGGUGCUGGGUACUGCAAAAGACAGGUAUCAACCUGGACAAAGCAAUAUCAAGCUGCAGCUCAUCAGGACAUCCCUGCCAUGAACCAACUAUCUGACUGGCUAAUGAAAAACUUGCCAGACAAUGACAAUGAAGAAAAUUUGAUUCAUGGAGAUUUCAAACUAGAUAACAUAGUUUUCCACCCUAAAGAGUCUCGAGUUGUAGCUGUACUAGAUUGGGAGCUUUCAACCAUUGGUCAUCCUCUGUCAGACUUGGCUCAUCUCUCUGUGUUCUACUUUUGGCCAAGGACCAUUCCAUUGUUAAGUCAAAGUCCUCAUUUGCAAGAAAAUAUAGGGAUACCAUCAAUGGAAGAACUGAUUUCAAUAUAUUGCCGCUGCAGAGGAAUUAAUUCUAAUCUUCCUAACUGGAAUUUCUUUCUUGCCCUUUCAUAUUUUAAAAUUGCUGGAAUAGCACAGGGAGUAUAUAGUAGAUAUCUUCUGGGAAAUAAUGCAUCUGAAAGUAGCUUUCAGUUUGCCAAUAUUGUGCAACCUCUGGCAGAAACUGGAUUACAACUCUCAAAAAGAACUUUCAGUACUGCACUUCCACAGACUGAUACUACCAGACAAUUGUUUGUACAGACUAGGACAGGCCAGGAAGUUCUUACUAGGGUGAAGCAGUUCAUGAAACAACACAUCCUCCCAGCUGAAAAGGAGGUAAUUGAGUUCUAUGUUCAAAAUGAAAAUUCAGUAGACAAGUGGAAAAAACCUUUAGUGAUUGAUAAACUCAAGGAAAUGGCCAAAGCAGAAGGCCUCUGGAACUUGUUUUUGCCAGCUGUAAGCGGUCUCAGCCAAGUAGACUAUGCCUUGAUUGCUGAAGAAACAGGAAAAUGCUUUUUUGCUCCAGAUGCCUUUAACUGCCAAGCACCAGACACAGGGAACAUGGAGGUGCUUCACCUAUAUGGAAGUGAGAAACAGAAGCAGCAGUGGCUUGAGCCUCUUCUUCAAGGGAGCAUUGCCUCUUGCUUCUGUAUGACAGAGCCCGAUGUAGCUUCAAGUGAUGCCACAAAUAUUGAAUGUAGCAUCCAGCAAGAUGGAGAUAGCUAUGUAAUUAACGGCAAGAAAUGGUGGUGCAGUGGAGCUGGGAAUCCAAAGUGCAAAAUUGCAAUUGUUAUGGGAAAAACUAACAAUAACUGUGUAACCAGACACAAACAACACAGCAUGAUUCUUGUUCCCAUCAACACACCUGGAUUAGAAGUAGUAAGGCCCUUGUCUGUUUUUGGCUACCUGGAUAAUUUCCAUGGAGGACAUUUUGAGAUCCAUUUUAAUCAAGUGCGAGUUCCUGCCACCAACUUAAUACUAGGUGAAGGUAGGGGAUUUGAAAUUGCCCAAGGCCGCCUUGGACCUGGCAGAAUCCACCACUGUAUGAGAACAAUAGGUUUGGCUGAACGUGCUUUACAGAUCAUGUGUGAACGGGCAAAACAAAGGGUGGCCUUUAAGAAGAAACUGUAUUCACAUGAGGUGGUGGCUCACUGGAUCGCUGAAAGCCGCAUUGCCAUUGAGGAGAUCCGCUUGUUGACCUUGAAAGCUGCCCACAGCAUUGAUACUCUGGGCAGCUCUGGUGCUAAGAAGGAGAUUGCAAUGAUUAAAGUGGCUGCCCCUCGGGCCGUCUGCAAAAUUGUUGACCAGGCCAUCCAAGUGUGUGGAGGUGCCGGUGUUUCCCACGAAUACCCUCUGGCUAACAUGUAUGCCCUAACGCGAACUUUGCGCUUAGCAGAUGGGCCCGAUGAAGUUCACCUCUCGGCAGUCGCAAAAAUGGAGCUGUGGGACCAAGCCAGAAGCCUGAGGGCCAAGGUGUAGAAUUCAUUGGCUCCAGCAUUUGUAUCUCAUUCAGAUUUUGCAGCAGUUUAAGCACAGGAUUAAUUACUCACUUUGGUAAAGAUUUGAGCAUCUGUUUUAAUCAGUGGGUUUUGUCAUUUCAAGGGUCACACUUAAAAUCUUAUAAUUUCAAGGGUUUCAGUGAAAAGGGAAAUUUCAUAGCUGUUGUCAUUCAGUCUAACACCUAAGUGUAUAGCAUUUAUUUUUUAAACGCUCCUCUUGUAAAGAAAUCAUGAAAUAAAUUGGCAAACUAAA